ACAAACGCGGCGUCAAAAUCACAGCAUAUAAUUGUUAAUGUGAUGCCCCGAGCGUAUUUCGAUUCCACGCUCCACCUCGUUCCGCGCUUCUUCGCACGCAAAACCCCAUUUUGAAUCCUUUCUCUCUCUCCCCACCCACCCUCCUUCCCUCGCCCUUCUUCUCAAUCCACUACUCCUCCCUUUUUGGCAAAUGGCUACUCCAGAACCCGUCCCCGCAAAAGAACCGGCCGCCGCGCCGUCCACAUCUUCGAAGAGACCGCCGCGCAGACGGAAAGCCAAACAGCCCAAACCAGCGCCCGAAGACACCGCUGCCGAUGCCGCUCCUGCAGCGCCAACCGCCGUCGAGACCGCUGCUGCUGUCGAACCCGAGCCGGAGACCGCUGUGCCGGAGCCAAUUGAGGUCGAAGAGCCUGUUGUGCUGUCCGAGGACGAGCUCAAGAAUCCGUAUAUCGAGACUGUGCAAAAGCGUGUGCGUAAUCUGCAGAAGCGAAAGCUAAAACUCGACAAAUACGAGGAACAAGCAGCGACCCCCGACGCCCUCAAACUGAACGCAGACCAGCUGCUCGCGCUCAAGCAGAAAGAUCAAGUAAUUUUCCCGCUCAAAGAACUCGAUGAUCUUACCAAGUCCUUCAAGAUCUUUGACGACGAAGCCAAGACCAGCAAACUCGCCGCCGCUCACGCGCGCAAGUCCGAGAUCGCGAGCGCGGUCGCGCAAGCAAAGCAAGCUGCGAAAGCCGAGGAACGCGAGCGGAUACGAGUGCUUGUCAAGUUUCUGCACGCCGCGAGCUGGAAACGGCAAUUUCCGAGCAAGGAUUCGUCGCCGGCCGAGCUCUCUGCGUUUGAGAAUCUGCUGGCGCUGAUCUACGCGGGUGAUGAGGCGGCGGUGGAUGCGGUUGAGAAGUUGGCGGGCGGGGCAGACGAGCUUGUGGCUGCGGGCGAGGAGGUCGCGACGGCGGAGAACUCGUUGACGUUUGCGCAGGUCAAGCAGUUGUCGCUCGACCAGGUCGACGAGGUGGUUGACGACGAGACUUCUGCUGAGCAGUCAAAGAUUGAGACGGCAGAUGUGCCUGCUAAAGAGGAGGAGAUCGUGCUUCCUGCCGCGCCGGCUUUACUAACACCCACACCCCCAGAGACGAUAGUAGUCGCCGCCACGCUCCCGGACGACGACGAAGACGAAAACACGCCUCCUGCAAUCAAGAUGAUCAAAGUGCCCGUCCGCCGCCACGAGGACAUUUUCCUGAACGAGUCCGAGCUCGAGGCCGAGGAGUUGCUCCCCGCUGCGGACGACACCGAGACCGACGCGAUCCCAUCUCUUCCCCCGUUGCAGACCGCGACGAGCGCCUGGGCGCCGCUGCCGCAGCAAAACGGCAUCCCGCCACCUGCGCAGACACAGAUCGACGACUCGCACGCAAACACCGCUGCGAUCGUCGAGUGGGACGAGCCAGUCUCCGAACAGCAGGACGCUCCUCUCGACUGGGCCGCGUCCUCUCCUCCACCCAUGACCGCCUCCGUCGCCACCCCUGUCGCCGCUGCGGAGCCGGUGUGGGAAAAAGUCGGCUCGUCGCAAUCUAACUCGCGGUUCGGCGCGCGAAAGCCGAAUGCCGCGCCGCCGUUUCAGCAAACCACAAACGGGCAGCAGCAGCAGCGCAACAAUCGACGUCCGAGAGGUGGAUUCGCAGGUCGAGGCGGCGGGUUCAUGCGCGGUCGGGGAAACGGACGGUCGCAGAAUCAGCGGCCCCAGCAGCAGCAGCGACAAAUUCCUGCUCAGUAAAAUAGCGAGACUACUCUUUUCGUUCUUGAUCAAAAGUUUAUGCAUAACAUACUAAUUUCCAAAAGAUGCAAAAGAAGCAAGGAAGAAGAGAGAGAGAAAAAAGUUGGCAUAUAUCUGAACGUGCAUUUGCUUGUAUUUGAUUUAAACCUAGCUGAUUUUGUAUAUUCAUUUGCUUUGUAAUUGCGGAUUGUUUUUCUUGUA